AUGUCUUUAAUUGCUGGUAGUGAAACAGAGGCUGCUCCGAGUGGAGGCUAUAAUACUUAUGACAGGAACCCAGAGGAUGCCAGAUUUACUUUUAUUAAGGAAGUGAGAGUAUUAGAUGGAGUAGUGUAUUUUCUUAAUAAUUGUUAUGUGACUGACAGUUGUAUCAAUUAUUUUUCUUUGGGUGAUCGUAUUUUUAACCUUGACAGGGGUUAUACUGAAACUGGUGUGUCUUUUGUUGUCUUCAAGGAUAGUGAGGGUGAAGUCAAUUCACUCGUAGCUACAGCAGAAAAGUUGGUCUAUCAUAAGAGGCCACAUUAUAAUAGAUUUAUUAGGAGAACGGAAGCUGAUACCAUUAUCAAGUUGAUUGAUAACAAAGCUGGAAAACAGGCCUUGGUAACAACCACCAAAGUUAUCGAUUUUUCAAAUGAAGCUACUCUCUUCACUUUUGAUUCACCAUUUGCAGCUAGGGAUGUGGUAAUGAUAUCAGCAACAGCUAUUGUAUAUUCUAGUAGUAGUGGCUAUUACUUGAACAAAGUUGAUGCUAAAGGAGAAACAGUACUUGCAGGUAUUGGAAACACUAUCCAAAUUGGAGAUUAUGGACCUGGUGAAGAAGCAUACGGAACCACUACUAAAGGUGUAGCAGUUGUUGACUCAACUUUAUACAUUUCAGAAUAUGAUAAUAUGAGAAUAAGAAAAGUCAACAUUAAUACUGGAAUUAUUUAUCCCCAUAUUACUUUAACAUGCUACCCUUCAAAACUCAAAAUGUCCAAAGACAAUAACAAGUUAUUUUUCCUAUGUAGUGACGGUCCAAGUGUAUCUAUAAUGCAGUACAUUUUCAGUACAAAUUUAAUAACAACUGUAAAGUCAGGUUUUCCAGCUGCCACAUUUAAGGGUUUUACCUUUGACGCAAUUACUGGAGCACUUUUUUAUUCAACUUAUUCUAAUGGUGUUACUCAAAUUUGUAGACUUAAUCCUAAUUCCUGUAAGACAAUCACUACACAAUUUACUGGUGGUGUUUAUGGAGACAUUGAUGCCUACAAUGGAUACAUCUAUGUUAUCUCAAGUGUUGGUUCCAUCUAUAAGAUAAGAUAUGAUACAAUGGACGUACAAGUAAUUGGCGCCUUCUAUCUUGCUGGCUAUCCAACAAUACACAUUACAAAACAAGGUACCAUAUUAAUUGGCUCUCAUACAGCUGUUUAUAGAUUUGAAGGUGCACAGGAUGGUUCUUUUUAUCCAGUUUCAACUAAUUUUGUAAUUGCUGGUGAUGCUCUUCCACCAGAGGGUACAACCAGUUUAUGGUAUAGAGAAAUCAGCCAAGUUGCAAUGUCUGAUGAUUAUCAAAGAUUAUUUAUUGCUGAUCCACAUCACCUUGGUGGUGUUACACAAUUGAAUGCCAAGACCUCAUCCUGUUGGUCCUACAAGUAUACUAAUACUGCAGGAAAUCUGGUAUUACCAACUGGAACUUAUUGUUCAAUUUCUUGUAAUUCUGUUGCUUCUAAUAAUCCAACCGUUUGUAGUGGUUCUGGUUCUUGUACUGCUUACUUGGUCAAUCCUUCUUACUUGGGAAAACCAUUUUGUGAUUGUGAAUAUGGCUAUUCUGGUACAACUUGUUCUGAUUAUACCUGUNUUGGUUACCCAAAAAAUGAAACAACUGGUUGUAAAUCUCAUGGUACUUGUGUUGGAUAUAAUACUUGUAACUGA